UCAUCCAUAUCUGUUUAUCUGUGGACUUUGCAUUGGUAAGUUUUCUCCUCGUGAAAGCUGACCAAAACAAAAUAACUCCUAGUUUGGAGUAGAUGUCAGGAUGGGGAACUCUUCACUCGGUGUGCUGAUCUUGUUGUUGUGGAAAAUUCUCCUUUGCUGUGGACAAGCUCCUGCUCCCAUGCUAAACAUUGACCCCAAUUGGUCGACCUUUUAUACUGGAGAAUCUGUUACCUUCAGAUGUGACAUGAACGAGGGAAAAGACAAUGACUGGGAAUACCAAAUCAGGAAUGUUCAACAACAAGUCAUAUAUAGCUUAGAUAAAAGCUUCAUAUUAGAACAUCUAUAUACAGGUCGUAGUGGUGAAUACCAGUGCUGUGGUCGCAGGAGAGAGUCACAUAGCAUAAAGUGCAGUAAUUCUGUCCUUAUCACUGUUUUAGAUGCACCCAGAGCCUCACUCACAGCAGGUUCAACAACCAUACCAGUAGGAGGCAGUGUGACCCUGAGCUGCUCUAUGGGACCCUCUGCUGGAUGGAAAUACAGAUGGUUCAGACAAACCUCAGGCCCAUCUUAUGUUUUAGUCAGAUCAGAUAAUGAAGAAAACAAAGAUAUCGCUAUCACAAAAGGAGGACUCUACCAGUGUGCGGGUAUAAGAGGAAACCCAAACUUCUAUUACAGUGACUGGGUCACUAUUCAGAUAACCAUUUCCAACAAGGUUUUUGUGACACGACAACCAAAUUGGCCUCAGAUCUUCAGUGGUGAGACGAUCACGCUGACAUGUGAGGUCCAGGGUGGAGAAACCACUAAGUGGAUGUAUGAAUGGAGGAGAUCUGGGUCAGUUCUACACAAGACAAACAGUAAAGACUGGACCUUCAGAGUUUCUGAGUCCAGCAGUGGAGACUACAUGUGUCAAUGUAGACUCAGAGAUGACUGGUAUUCUUCAACACAGUGGAGUGAAAGCAUCACACUGUCAGUAUCAGCAUAUAGACCCAGAGCUACACUGACAGCAGGUUCUACAACCAUACCAGUAGGGGGCAGUGUGACCCUGAGCUGCUCUGUGGAGACCUCUGCUGGAUGGAAAUACAGAUGGUUCAGAAGGACCUCAGACAUCUCUGAAGUCAGAAUAGAUAAUGAAGAAAACAGAGAUAUCUCUGUGACACAAGGAGGAAUCUACAGGUGUGAUGGAGUGAGAGGAAACCCAGACUUCUACACAGAAAUAAGUAAUGAAGAAACAAUUGAAAUAAAGUUUUCCAACAAGGUUUUUGUGACACAACAACCAAACCUGCCUCAGAUCUUCAGAGGUGAGACGAUCACUCUGGCAUGUGAGGUCCAGGGAGGAGAAACCACUGAGUGGACGUAUGAAUGGAGGAGAUCUCGGACAGUUCUACACGGGACAAACAGUAAAGACUGGACCUUCAGAGUUUCUGAGUCCAGCAGUGGAGACUACAUGUGUCAAUGUAGACGCAGAGAUGACUGGUAUUCUUCAACACAGUGGAGUGAAAGCAUCACACUGUCAGUAUCAGCAGAUAAACCCAGAGCUACACUGACCGCAGGUUCAACAACCAUACCAGUAGGGGGCAGUGUGACCCUGAGCUGCUCUGUGGAGACCUCUGCUGGAUGGAAAUACAGAUGGUUCAGAAGGACCUCAGACAUCUCUGAAGUCAGAAUAGAUAAUGAAGAAAACAGAGAUAUCUCUGUGACACAAGGAGGAAUCUACAGGUGUGAUGGAGUGAGAGGAAACCCAGACUUCUACACAGAAAUAAGUAAUGAUGAAACUAUUGAAAUAAAGUUUUCCAACAAGGUUUUUGUGACACAACAACCAAACCUGCCUCAGAUCUUCAGAGGUGAGAUGAUCACUCUGACAUGUGAGGUCCAGGGAGGAGAAACCACUGAGUGGACGUAUAAAUGGAAGAGAUCUGGGACAGUUCUACACGGGACAAACAGUAAAGACUGGACCUUCAGAGUUUCUGAGUCCAGCAGUGGAGACUACAUGUGUCAAUGUAGACUCAGAGAUGACUGGUAUUCUUCAACACAGUGGAGUGAAAGCAUCACACUGUCAGUAUCAGCAGAUAAACCGAGAGCCUCACUGACAGCAGAGGAAACAAUCAUACCAGCAGGGGGCAGUGUAGCUCUGAGCUGCUCUGUGUUCAGAUCUACUGACUGGAGGUUUGAUUGGUUCAGGCAGGAGUCAGAGUCUUCUACAGCUCAGCCAAUAAGAACCAAUGAACCAGGUGUAGUCCUCAGAGUCUCAGAGGGAGGUGUUUACAGCUGCAGAGGAGGAAGAGGAGAUCCAGUUGUCUACACUGAAACCAGCAAUAAAGUCUCCAUUCAGAAAACUGUUUCUAACAGGGCAUCAGUGACUCUACAACCCAGCUGGUCUCAGAUAUUCAGAGGAGAGAGAGUCACUCUGAGAUGUGAGAUCCAGGGAGGUGGAGGAGCUCAGUGGACGUAUGAAUGGAGACCAACCAACAGAAACUCUCCAUCAUCCAGUGAAUACAGGAUCAUCAUAGCUGCCAGUGGCAGAUACAGCUGCAGAGGAACAAGAAACUAUCUGUUAACACGAUGGAGUGAUGAUCUCUCUUUAACUGUUUCAGAAAAACCGAGAGCCUCACUGACAGCAGAGGAAACAAUCAUACCAGCAGGGGGCAGUGUAGCUCUGAGCUGCUCUGUGGACAGAUCUACUGACUGGAAGUUUGAUUGGUUCAGACAGGAGUCAGAGUCUUCUACAGCUCAGCCAAUAAGAACCAAUGAACCAGGUGGAGUCCUCUUCAUCUCAGAGAAAGGUGUUUACAGCUGCAGAGGAGGAAGAGGAGAUCCAGUUUUCUACACUGAAACCAGCAAUAAAGUCUCCAUUCAGAAAACUGUUUCUAACAGGGCAUCAGUGACUCUACAACCCAGCUGGUCUCAGAUAUACAGAGGAGAGAGAGUCACUCUGAGAUGUGAGAUCCAGGGAGGUGGAGGAGCUCAGUGGACGUAUGAAUGGAGACCAACCAACAGAAACUCUCCAUCAUCCAGUAAAUACAGGAUCAUCAUAGCUGCCAGUGGCAGAUACAGCUGCAGAGGAACAAGAAACUAUCUGUUAACACAAUGGAGUGAUAAUCUGUAUUUAACUGUUUCAGAAAAACCGAGAGCCUCACUGACAGCAGAGGAAACAAUCAUACCAGCAGGGGGCAGUGUAGCUCUGAGCUGCUCUGUGUUCAGAUCUACUGACUGGAAGUUUGAUUGGUUCAGACAGGAGUCAGAGUCUUCUACAGCUCAGCCAAUAAGAACCAAUGAACCAGGUGGAGUACUCUUCAUCUCAGAGGAAGGUGUUUACAGCUGCAGAGGAAGAAGAGGAGAUCCAGUUUUCUACACUGAAACCAGCAAUAAAAUCUCCAUUCAGAAAACUGUUUCUAACAGGGCAUCAGUGACUCUACAACCCAGCUGGUCUCAGAUAUACAGAGGAGAGAGAGUCACUCUGAGAUGUGAGAUCCAGGGAGGUGGAGGAGCUCAGUGGACGUAUGAAUGGAGACCAAACAACAGAAACUCUCCAUCAUCCAGUGAAUACAGGAUCAUCAUAGCUGCCAGUGGCAGAUACAGCUGCAGAGGAACAAGAAACUAUCUGUUAACACAAUGGAGUGAUGAUUUCUCUUUAACUGUUUCAGAAAAACCGAGAGCCUCACUGACAGCAGAGGAAACAAUCAUACCAGCAGGGGGCAGUGUAGCUCUGAGCUGCUCUGUGUUCAGAUCUACUGACUGGAAGUUUGAUUGGUUCAGACGGGAGUCAGAGUCUUCUACAGCUCAGCCAAUAAGAAGCAAUGAACCAGGUGGAGUCCUCUUCAUCUCAGAGGGAGGUGUUUACAGCUGCAGAGGAGGAAGAGGAGAUCCAGUUUUCUACACUGAAACCAGCAAUAAAGUCUCCAUUCAGAAAACUGAGAAACUUGUUCCUGUCCUCUCUGUGUCUCCAUCAUGGCUGAGUCCUGGAGCCUCAGUGACUCUGAGCUGUGAGGUUGAACCUCAGUCUGCAGGAUGGAGGUUCUUCUGGUAUAAAGCUGUUCCUGAAUUAUCAGUCAGAUCUUACAGCUUUGAGCUGCUGCCUAACAUCACCAACAGAACUGAACAGAACUCCUACAUCGUUCAUGAACAAACUCAUACAGCAGGAUAUGUGUGCAGAGCAGGAAGAGGAGAACCAGUGGAUUAUACUGGUUACAGUGAACCAAAGUUUGUCUGGUCUGAAGAUCCUCAUCCAGCAGCUUCUCUCUCAGUGAGUCCUGACAGAGUUCAACACUUCAGCUCUGAUUCAGUGUCUCUGAGCUGUGAGGGAAAAUCUGCUGAAUGGAGAGUCUGGAGGUUUACAGAAACAGAUCCACUGUCAGUCUGCUCCAUCUGGGGGAACAUGAGUAGAUCUACAUGUACCAUCAACCCAGACUGGGUUCAUAGUGGAGUGUACUGGUGUGAAUCUGGAUCAGGAGAGUUCAGCAAUGCUGUCAACAUCACUGUACAGAAACAUAUUAAUGGUCCUAUCCUGGUGAGCCCCGUCCAUCCUGUGACUGAGGGAGAUCCUGUUACUCUGAGCUGCAGAGAUAAAGAACUAAAACUACUCUCCAACGUGUUUUUCUAUCACAAUAACAAACUCCUCCACAAUGACAGCAGAGAGGAGCUGAAGAUCUCUGCAGUGUCAAAGUCAGAUGAAGGUUUCUACAAGUGUAAACAUUCAGGAAAGGAGUCACUACAGAGCUGGAUGUCAGUUAGAGUAACUGUGUCCAGUCCUGUCAGCUCUCUUGUGAUGUUGAUUGUUGGACCAUUUAUUGGAAUAAUUCUCAUUAUUCUCCUGGUCUUGUUGUGGCGCUACAGACGGUCCAAAGAUCUGUUCUGCAUCAGAUCAAAGGCCUCAGAGAGCAACAGUCAGAGCUCCACCACAAACCAGACUGAAAAUCGUGAAUACAGCUCCUUUCUUCAGGCAGCAGAUGAACCUGGAGAUGUUACAUACGGUCUCAUUGAAAUGAAAUCCUUUGGGAAACAGAGGAGACAUCCUGGACCAGAGGAGGGCGCUAUUUACUCUGAAGUGAAACUAGGAGCUGCAGGCUCCACUCCGAUGUCUGCCUGAAGAGAAAGCCAACAAAAAGAGAUAAGGGUAAAGGAAAGCGGAGUCCUGCAGCAGCGGAUGCAGCAGUUUAUUCUGAAAUCAGAUCAGUACCAGCUCUGAGGGACAAUGCUGCCAUGUAGGCUGCAGGAUCUGAUGGUUUAUUCUGCAAUUUAUUACAUGAGUUACUCUCUUAAGUCCAAAACCCCAGUAUUGGGGGGAAGAAUUUAACUUUUUUUACUACUUUCAUUUCUGUAAGUUCCCUUAGUUAAACAUAAACAUGUGUGGUAUCCACAGAAAUGUUAGAAUCUUGGCUAAAAGCUGAUAUAAAUUAUUUCUACAAACACAGUUAAAACUACAAACAAUUGAAUCAGAAACUAAACAAAUCCCACUAAAUGGCUUCACCACAAAACUCAGUCUCAGCUGUUCACCACACGGCUUCUACACACACAACAAAACACGUUCUAAAAAUAUAAGUGUUACAAUCCACCCUGAAUUUACUCAAACAGCAGCAAAGGAAGACCAGAAUUAUCACUUGGGUUUGACAAUAAUAAUUAUUCACAUGAUGGUUAUUUAAAUGAUUUAAAUAUAGUUGGAUCUGAAUUUAUUGAAUCAAUUAAUUGGACCUGUUCUGUUUAUUGCCCUCUGACCUCUGAUACUACAAUUUCGUUGAAUUUUAUGCUGUGUGACAAAAUGAAACACAUACAUGUGUAAAAUAUGUGAUAUUUUGUAUCUGGUUGCUGUGCUCCUCUUGAAAAUAGCCAAAUAUUUACUUAUAUUUUUAAAAGAACCAUAUAUAUAUAUAUAUAUAUAUGCUUUGUGAGUUUUACAUUUAUAUUUAUUUAAAUUUACUCGUCGUCGUCCUCUUCCGCUUA